CAAGCGUCUGGUGCCGAACGUGGCUAACCUGCUAUACACUAGCUCACUCGUUUGUUAUUUCAUGUAGUGAAAAUACCUUAUAUGGAUUGUUUUUUGUGAAAUAAAAUGGUUGACAUACUGAGUGUCGUUUUGCAGCGGUUUGGUCCACUGGUACAGGCAGGAAGGGAUAUAAAGCUGUCCUCCGAGGCGGAAAGCGGCACUCUGGUGGUUGGAGAUGAAAACAUCAACAGGUCUCUGUUGUUCCUGACAGCUUUAACUGCAGCCUCAGAAAUGGCAUACAAAGUGCUGUUUUUCACACAGAAUCAAUUUCAGAGACUUCCAGUAACUGUACAGGAUUCAUCUCUAAAGCCCGAAAUUCUGAAGAAAAUCAGGUUUGUUUAUCCUAAGACAUUAGAGGAGCUUCUGGAGGACAUAGCGUCCCUUCAUGAGCUGGUGCCUGAGACCGCACCGCUUCCUUCCUUGCUAAUCAUAGAUGGAGUGGAGCGUUAUUUUAAGGACAGGCCGCAGCAAGAUUCUCAGAGCACAGCUGCUCACAUUGUUGCUCUCCUCCAUGACACUGCUACUUUCCUCAGAGCCAGAAAUGAGAAAUGCCAACAACCCCCAUGCAGAGUCAUUGUCUCUUAUCAGCCUGAGGGGGAAGGACAAGGAGGCGACGUGUAUGCUCCAGAUUCCGUCCUCUUAGUACUGGAGCGCUACCUUCAAGUGAGGUGCAACCUGCACAAAGUGAUAAAUGAAGAGGUGGAAAAUGCAUGGCUGUUGUAUCUCUCGGGUACAGGACUGCAAGUUGAGGGGUUAGGUAAUGGAGAGAGAUGUCUUGGAUUACAGUGGCGCGUGGUGUUGCAGCCUAAUGGAACACUGGAGUUCAGGCCAGAAAGUACACCAAUAGAGGACCAAGUCCAACAUUCUGAGUGUGGAAAUAAAACCUGACUAAUCACAAGGUUUACCACACUUAACUGGUUUUAUACUACCAAAAGUCUUAAAAAAAAGUUUUUUUUAUGCUGCAGUCUCAGAUACAGUGCAGCAAAUAAAGCCUAAUUAAAUUGGAAACUUGUUGCUUAGAAAACAGACUAUAGCUGAGUGAUAUGACAGUGAUAAAUUUUGCCACAGAAUCCAGAACUUUUAGGAUAACAUAUCUGUUUAUGCAUGUAUAUAUUUUAUAAGGAAUGUUUGUUAAUCAGUGCCUGAAAGCAGCAGAGCAUUAUAUAUUUAAUAUUAACAUGUAAAAAAUGUUUAUUGUAAUG